UUGGCAAACGAGGCUUGAAAUAAAAAAGGUGCACCUACCACUUACCUGUUUAAACUAACACUGGUCUAAAAAGCCUUCUCGAUGUCUUAUUUUUAGUGUUUUAAGCUAUUUAAGAAGAGUACUUUUGAUAAAUGUUUUAUUUUGAGAAAAUUUUGAUGUUUAUGUGAGGGGAUAGAACUUUAAGCUCUAUUCAGUUAAUUAUACACAAGAUAAAAAAUUGCUGAUUCAGCAUGACGAGAUUUAUUGGAAAUAGAGUCCAGUAAUUUUUGUGAGGGUUGGACUUGUUGAAAAUGACAAGGGCUUUAAACAAAAGAAAUUAAACUUCUGUUUAUGAAAGUUGGUUUUAUUCCAAGGAAGAAAAAAGCCAUUUGACGAUACUGCAGGAUUGAUUUUCUGGUUAAUAUCAUAAGACAUCGUGUUUUGUCAUAUUGACUGUCUUAGCGUAUCUCAAUAUCAAUUGGGCAGGUACUGCCAAGGUGUUUUCAACAUCUUAACUUAGUUUUGAGGCAACCAAUUGGCCUACCUUGGCGAAAACUGGCGAGAAUAGGAUUUCUAGAGAUCUGUGCGAUCUAAAAAAUGGAUCGAACGAACAGUUUGCCAUAUGCGCAGAAUUCUAAAGGGGCUCCACCAAAGCGGAAGUCGGAUGGUUUUUUCAAGCAAAUAGUUGACUCGAGUACUGAUGUUGAAGGAGUUGAAAUUGAAGAUUUCAUCGAAGCUACGAUCACUUUGAGGAAAGAAAAGACUGGCCUGGGCGUAUGCAUUGUUGGUGGUAGUGACACACAUUUUGACAGGGUACUUAUAUCAGGAAUAAGCCCCAUUGGAGCUGCUGGGAAAGAUGGGAGGCUAAAGUGCGGAGAUGAAAUUUUGUCGGUUAAUGACAAUGAUCUGCAAGGUGCCAGUCAUGACAAGGCUGUGCAGCUGUUGCGAAUGGCAAAGAACCCAGUUCGGCUUACAAUAUACCGGGAAAACAUCGAAAGCUUGUUUACAUCUUGUCAAGAUCCUGAAAAAGAGUUUCAAGUUGUAUUGAAAAAAGGAAUUAAUGACAAUUUAGGAAUUGGAAUUUACGCCAGAAAAGAUGGGAAUGGAGUUUUUGUGACAUACAUAGCACCUGGAAGUAUCGCUGAGGCCUGUGGACUUUUUGAGCAGGGAGAUCGAAUAUUACAGUGCAACGGUAAAGACAUGAGAGCUGUCAAUCAAAUGGAUGCGUUAAAUAUUCUGAAGAGUACCUUUGGAGACGUCCGGCUACUAAUGGGAAGGGGGAAAAGCGUUGAAGAGAAAAUUGUGGACUUAUUAGAAAGUAUUGAUGAAGAGAAGAAACAGGAUAAAAGCUUUAAAGAGCGUCGAAUGAGAUCUCGCAGUGAUUGCACCUCAACGAAAGACAACCGAAAUGGUGACUCUAAGCGAAGGACAGUUACAAUGAACGAGCUUGGCGACACUGGCUGUGGCUCGAUGAUGGAGCUAAUAUCCAACCAGGCCCUCGAUGCUUCGACUGAAUAUGAUAACAUCAACCUUGGUUUUAUUGAAGAUGAACCUCAUGGUGAGAUUAUUUCAAAAAACAAAGAGCAUCAUUCUCCAAACUCUUCAAGUAUGUUGAAAUCAACAUUAAAGAAAGACACACGAAAGGGCCAAAAGCGAACCGACCAUGUUUCGUUUGAAAUGAAAAUGGUCCAACCUACGAGAGCCAGCGUACUAAUGUACGGAGAUGGAACUGGUGUUUGAGCAGAAUAGUGUUACAGACAUAGAAGAUCUUCAUUGUACGAAUAACACCUUUUAGAAAGCAAUAAUUGAUUUUUUAGAAAAUUUUGAAAAUACUAUAUAUUGUUGUUGUAACUGAAAAUCAUUUUGAAUUCUACAAGAAUGAGUUGAUUAAAGGAUUCAAACAGUAAAUCAGUUUUGAAUGCGCACAGCUUAUAUAUCUGGUACUUAUUACGAAUCAUUUAAUGGUAAUUCAGCAUUUGUGAUUACGCACAAAGUCUUCUUUGCAUAACAAAAGUUACAUUACGGCCAGGGCUGUUUAUAUGGUCUAGGUAGUACAAUUUCGAAAACGACACUUUAUACACGUUUUGCAUUUUUCCCUACAAAUAUUUAUUUUGCAUUUGUAUUGGCUUUGAUACAUCAUGCAAAAAACUAUUUCAACUUUGUCAAAAAGCAUCACUAGCUAUGGCAAAAUAUCAUGUUGUCAUUAUAGUCAACUCACAUUUAGCAAAUACAGAAGUGUGCCCAUCCUUUUUUGCAGGUAACAUUUUAGGACCUAUGACAAAUACCUAUUUUUGGCACUUAGUAAAAAAACUAAAAUUGGCUUCCAAUUCUUCAUCAUCCUACCGUGCUGGCAUGAGUAUCUCUGAACGAGUGUUUUCUUAAAAUAUAAGGCGUUUCUU